CGUUUACUCGCUCUGCGGAGCCUAAGCUUCGUCAGUGUGAUCUACGCCGAGCUCCGAGCACUCACGAGCGGCGUGUUCUCUUCAGUCUCACCGGGGAGGUGGAAAUACGACAUUAUUCAUCUUUUCACGGCGGAAGACGCCUUUUGAGCUCCGGAAAAGUGACGGAUAUUCGCGCUACGGAGGGCUCAGACUGGUUCUUGCUGCAGCCAUUUUGGAUAAUAAAAUUACACUGAGGAUUAGCCUGUGAAAGUUGGCUUGAAUCGUGCUGGCCCUUCCCCAUGAGGAAAGAUGGGGAAUGGCUUCUCGGAACAACCUAGCUUCCUGGCGAGCAUCCCCUUCUUCCAGUCCUUCCACAUCGCCAUCCUCGGACUGGACUCAGCUGGCAAGACCACCGUGCUGUACAGGCUGCAGUUCAACGAGUUUGUCAACACAGUGCCCACCAAGGGCUUCAACACUGAGCGGGUGCGGGUGUCCUUGGGCGGUCACCGCACCGUGACCUUCCAAUUUUGGGACGUGGGUGGCCAGGAGAAGCUGCGGCCACUGUGGAAGUCCUACACUCGUUGCACGGAUGGUAUCAUUUUUGUGGUGGACUCUGUGGACAGUGAGCGCAUGGAGGAGGCGAAGACGGAGCUCCACAAGAUCGCCAAGACCUCGGAGAACCAGGGCGUGCCCCUAUUGGUGGUGGCCAACAAGCAGGACCUGAGGCACUCCCUGGGGCUGCUGGAGAUCGAGAAGCUACUUGCACUGAAGGAGCUAAGCCCGGCAACGCCGUGGCACCUGCAGCCCGCUUGCGCCAUCAUCGGGGAUGGACUCAGGGAGGGCCUAGACCGACUCUAUGAUCUCAUCUUGAAGCACAGAAAGGUGAUCCGGCAGCAGAGGAAGAAGCGAUAAAGACUGUGAGUUACGGAUAAAGGAGUGUCUGGAGUCAAAUCCAGCAGUCUACAUUGUUGUCUCAGUUCUCUGAGCUUAAAAGUUUGUCAGGCUGUGUUCACACUUGUCAGGUUUAAAAACGAACUCUGGUGCGAUCUUUCGUAGUGCGGUUCGUUUGGGCAAUGUAAACCAUGGUGUGCAACAGACAAGCUCACCUAGACCACACAAAGACUGUGUUAAAACUCAUUAGGUGUGGUCAAGUUGGAACUUGAUCACCCGGACUGAGGCUGCUUGAAGACUUGGUCUCGGUCUUCUCGCAAGUGCGUUUUGGUUAAUUGCCGCUCAAGUAUGAUUUGCUACAUAGACCAAACAGGCAGCCCGAGACCGCUUGAAGACUUGGUCUCGAUCUGUUUGCAGUUGAACAUUAGUGGACUGAGACUUUUUGAGAAAUUGGUCUCAGCCCACUUGCAAAAGAACUCUGAUGUGGUUCGGUUUAAGUGUUAAUGAUACAUUUAGUCAAAUGAUGAAAAUACCAGUGGGAAGAUGUGGCGAACCAGACCAAAAUUGCACUUCAUGUAUUUUUUUGGUACAGAUCAAAAUGCAGUUCCUCUGCGUUCGCACACUUUGUUUGCUUUAAGUGAACUCUGGAGCAAUUACUCGGCUGAAGUGGUUUGUUUGGUCAAAGUGUGAAGGAUUUUACCACGAACCAAACAAGCAGACUGAGACAGCUUGAAGAGGUGGUCUCAGCCUAGCUUGCAAGUAAACUCUGAUCCGGUUCUGUUCACUUGCGCUCAAGUGUCAAAGCUACACGGACCAAAGAACCGGACCAAAUGUACCCUAUCUUUUGGUCAGGACCACUUUGGUCUCAUUUGUUUUAUUAAAACAAACUCUGGUUUGAUUGCUCUGCUAGUGCUGUUUGUUUGGUCAAUUGUAAACUCCAUCAUCUGAACAGUCUCGUGGUCCAAAAUUACUUAAGAGGUGGAAUUGAUCUGCUUGCUAGCGAACUCCAAUGCGAUUCAGUGCACUUCAGCUAAAGCAUGAACUUCAAACUUUGUCCGAUGAUGAAAAUCCCAGCAAAGCUAACCGGACCAAAUAUGCGCACCAUGUAUCAUUUUGGUCUGGUCUGGUUUGGUUUGGUUAAAACAAACUGGUGUCGUUCCUCUACUCGUGCAGUUCAUUUGGUUAUGUGUUUAUGCUAUCUGAACUCUGUUGCGGACCAAACAAGCUGACUGAGACCGCUUGAAAAGGUGGACUCGAGCCCCUUGCAAGUGAACUCUAGUGCGGUUUGGUUCACUUGAGCUCAAGUUUGAAUGCUUACAAGGGCCAAAAGGACACAAAGAACCGGACCAAAUAUGUCUUUGGUCCUGACCAGAGUACUAAAACAAACUCACCAGAGGUGCAAUUGCUCUGCUCGUGCGAUUUAUUUUGUGUAGAUGGUAUCAUCCGGACAAGCAAAUGGAGACCGAUCAAGUAGGAACACCAUCAUCCGAACCGAGACUGCUUGAAGAGGUUGUUUUGGGUGAACUUACAGUACAAAUUAACUCUGGUGCGGUUCUGUUCACCCUACAUGGACCGGCAUUAAAACAACAGCAAAAUAGUAGCCAACUCCCAAUUGUGAACACAGCCUUCAGUCAUGUGAUCAUGUUUGUGGAUCAGGAAGUGAUGUAUAAAGGAACAAAGUAUGACGAAGAGAAAGUUCUAGACAAGUGAGGGUUUGAAGAAGUGAUUUAAUGUACAGAAGGUUUGAGGUCUGGAAGAGUGGUACAAGAUGUGAUUGAAAUUGCCAACGGUUGUUGUAUUCUUACCAAAAACAAAAAAUGAUAUUUUAAAUAAAAUAACUAGACUGGUUAGAACAUCAAGGAAAUUUUAACUUUUUGUAUGCUAACUCAUCACUAUUUUAUUUUACACUUCAUAGACUUUCUACAUGUGAAAGCAAAGUAUUAUUAUUGUGCAUUUAUUAGUUUGGUUGCUCUCUUCUAUCUUCCACCUGAAGCACUUUAGAUGAUCACUUCUCCUUGCGUUUACAGUUUAUUAGAUCGACUUUUUUAAAAUAUGCAUUAUUUGAACUGGUUUGGACAGAUUCCUCUUUGAGCCGGUUGUCCUGAGCAUUUUUUUAUAAUUUUUUUUUAUAAAUAAAAACCUACCUACCA